AUGGUCGGGAAGGCGGGGGGACAUCGGCCGGGCAACGAUGUCCUGCCCACAUUCCCAACCCUGCAGGAGUAUGAUCUGAGCUUGCGGGCCUUUAAUGUGCCCAGCGCGCCCCGAAGCACCACGGCCACCAUCCCAUUCACACCCCAGGAGGUGGUGGGCCGCACCAUCCACGUCACGUUUGACAUCGAGAGCGCGGAGGGCGACCUGGUGGUGCGCUUCUUCCGGGGCACCAUCCGCAGCUUCCGCGCCGCCACAGGCAAGCACACCGUCGCGUACAGCGACGGCGAGGUGUCCCAGGACGACCUGACCCAGGAGGUGGUGGUCUGGGCGCCGGGGGUCGUGACCACGCCCGGCGCGGCCUGGCCCAGCGAGGGUCGGGAAGCCGGCCCGACGGCGGGCGAGGCGCCCGCCCCCGGCGGGGCGGCGGGGCGGCGGGCGGGCGUGCGCGCGCAGCCCGGCGCGCCUCGUGCGCGGGGCCGGCGGCAUGCCUCCAGUGGCGGCGACAGCGCCACGGGGGGGGACAGCGGGUCCGACUCCCCCCGCGGAGGCAAGCGGCGGCGCCGCUGGGGCAGCGCCGGCAGCCAGGGUCCCAGCAUGCUGGCCCGCGAGGGAGGGGACGACGCCGAGAAAGGACCUGAGGCGGAGCCGGGCGAGGCCGCCGAGACGAGGGUGGCGGGGCGGGCGAGGCGGCGGGCGGCGGCCAGGCCCGGACCGGCCGGGAGGGGCGAGGCCGCUGGCCCCAGCCCCGCUGCCGAGCCUGGGGGUCUCGACGCGGCCGCGCCUGGCGGGCUCGAGGACGCCGGGGCUCCAGAGGGUGUGGCCUGGAUGCGGGCCCCAAAGCCAGACCCUGAGCCUGUUACCACGCAGGGGGACGAGGCGCGGGACGCAGCCGCGCCUCCCGCGGGUGACGCUGCCCCUGUGGAGGCAGCCCGGCCCAGCGCCGACGGGGCGCGGGACGCUGCCGUGGCAGUCCCUCCUGCAUCCAGUGCAGACCCCAAUCCGGCGCACCAUCCAGAGACUGAGUCCCUGCACAGCACGGUGGAUGCCGAGCGGGUUGUGCUUGCGGAGGACGAGCGGGAUGCUGGCGUGGGUGCGGGGGGGAAGCCUCGCAGAGAUGUCGAGCGUGGCGCUGGCGAGGAUGCGGAGCGGCGUGCCUGCGACAGCGCAGAGCGGGAAGCUGCCGCGGAGGGCGACAUCGCAGUUGCAGGGCAGGAAGGGCGUGCGAGGAAGCAGGAGGACUCCGGCAAAGGCGAGGCCGGUCUGGGAGCCUACACUGUCAACCCGCAAGAUGACGCUGCGAUGUCUGUGGAGGAGCCAGGGGGCGCUGACCUGGCGGCUGCGCCUGACCCAGGAGCGGACGAGACGGCUCGGGAGAUGCAGGCCGUUCUGGAUCAGGUGGCGGCGGCAGCACCCUCCCCCAAGGCGCUGUCGGCCGCCAAUGGGUUGGCCAAGUCGGUGAACCGCUGCGCCAAGGGCACUGCCAGGCUCUUUGGGGCGGGGGCCGAUGGGCCCCUGGACCAGCUGCACGAUGCCAGCCUCGGCCUUGCCCUGCUUUCCAGGGGCCUGGUGAACGGCUGGCGGGUGGAGACUGGGGCCCCCAGCCUCCCCAAGGACGAGGCGCUGGCCAGGAGGCAGACCAUGCAGCACACCAUGCAGCAGCGCGUGCAGACCGCCACUCCCGGGGACGAAGCAGUGGCCGUCCUGGCGCAUGCGCUCGCGCCGCGGCGGGCGCCCCUCGACGUCGCCGCCGGAUUGGAGCAGCAGCUGUGGCUGGACCGGAAGGAGGCGGACGGGGCCGUGGGGGACGCCUACCUCUGUGCCCUGCGGACCCUCUGGGACGUGCUGUCCCCGCAGAGCGAGGCCUGCCGCCCCCUGCUGACCCAGGCGCUGCUCCAAGGAAGCCUGGCGCCCAGCGACCUGGUGCGAGGCUCUCCGGAGCAGCUCCAGGACGCCGAGCACAGGACUGUGAGGGCCCUGGGGAGUGAGUCACAAAGCUUGGCCGGCGAGGGAGCCCCGCCCCUGCCGCCCGGGCACGGCGGGCCUGCUGGAGAGCAUGCCUGCGCCACCCUCCCGAGUGUGACCGCCAUGGACUGCGAUGAUUAG